AUGUCAGCAAUACUCUCCUCCCUGCUCGUCAAGAGGAGCGGCUUUCUGAUCUCCACAGCCCCCCAUCGCGCCAUGCCGCUGCCAAUCGCAUCGUCGAGGUCUUAUUCUACUCCACAAGUCUCCUCCUUCACCUAUCGACUGGCCGCUGCCUCUGCUCCCAAGCAAUCUCCUCCGCGACAGCCCAAGUAUAGUCAAGACUUCUGGAACUAUGCCUCCACCCACGAGAACCCAUCUCCGCCGUACCUACGCUCUACUAAGAAAGACUCGGGUGAAGACGCAUUCUUUGCGACAACUGUUGGAAAUAGCCCGCACCACGUAGCAUUUGGCGUCGCAGACGGUGUGGGCGGAUGGCAAGAUCAAGGUGUCGAUCCUUCAGAGUACAGCCAAGCACUCUGUGGCUUGAUGGCCGGUUCUGCGAAUAUUCACGAGGGAAGUGAGGCGGGUCACCAUUGCAAACCUCGGGCUCUGUUGCAGCAAGCCUAUGAUGCAGUGAUGUCGAAUCCACGGAUUUUGGCAGGAGGUUGUACGGCCAGCCUCGGCGUGGCUAAUGCUGAGGGAAGCUUAGAAACGGCCAAGUAUAUUAGCCCUCACGUAUGUCUCUACCUAAGCAGUGCUACAACUGACAUGCACUAGCCUUGGCGAUUCUGGUUACCUCGUCGUCAGCCCUGGCAAGGUCUCCCACCGAUCAGAGGCCCAAACGCAUGCGUUCAAUACGCCAUUCCAAAUGUCAAAAGUGCCUGCGCAGCUGCAAGCAAAACAAAAGAUCUUUGGCUCCUCCUACUUUAGCGAGACGCCAGCUGACGCAGAUGUUUCCAUACACCAAUUACGACAUGGCGAUAUCGUGCUCUUUGCGACCGAUGGAGUUUGGGACAACCUCUCUGCCGAAGACACGCUUAAGAUUGUUGCCCGGGUGAUGGAGAAGGAAGGCUACUGGUUCAAGUCGCACAACUUUGAGGGAGCUGAGACCAUGCUUAACGAUACACUCGUGCGAUCAAUGCCACGGAAGAUAGAAGAGGCCGUUCAAGAAUCAUAUUUACCGGGUCAGAUCGCCGUUGCUGUCAUGCGUGCUGCGAAGCUCGCCGGCUUGGAUAGAAGACGAGAAGGUCCAUUUGCUAAAGAAGUCAAGCAACAUUACCCUCAGGAGGGAUGGGAAGGCGGAAAGCCAGAUGAUAUCGCUGUGGUAGUCUGCGUCGCGGUGGAAGAAGAUGCUGUGCCUGCGCAGAAAAGUUCAAAGCCAAUGCUGAAGUCCAAGCUGUAG